AUGAACUAUGCUUACGUGAUACCUGAAAACCAGGGGUAUCCAGAUCUGAACAACCAAUCAACUCCCACUUCAUUUCAAAUAUCAAUGAUUACAUCAGUGUACCAAAGGUACACACAUAAAUAUUGUGAUUUCUUGCUUCCAAACUCAAUUAUUAUCUCAACUGCACAACCCCUAUAUCAAUUUCUAGUCAUUUCAUUUUAUCAGCACCAGGAUGCUGUAAUCGAUAAAUACUUAAUUGCAAGUUUAAUUCUCCCCAUCUUAACAUUGCCUAUUUAUCUGGAAGGAGCUUAUUGUUUGUAUUCAUGUAAUGAUAAAUUACAGCAACAUUAUGUUCAUGUUUUACGAGUUCAUGUAUCUCUAAGUCUCGUCGGCGAGAUAUACGGAUUCUUUUUUAUGCGUCCAGUGGUAUUUCUUCCAGUUGUCGGUCUUUAUUCUACUGGACUAUUCGGAUACCUUCAAUUUCCUACAUUUCUCCAAAUCAUUAUAUUAUUUUUCCUCUACCAAAUCAAUGCAUGCACAAUGAUUCAUUUAUUAAUUCUUCGAUUGAAAAGUAUUCUUCCUCUGACUUUUCGGUUCUAUCGAGAGUCCAUCAAACUAGGAACCCUUUUCGUUCAUGGAACUUACAUCACUUCUGUGAUUUCUUUGAGUAACUUUGCUCUGCUGUUAGAGAAUCAAGACAUUGCCAAACAUCAGUGGUCUACGUGGCUGAAUGGAAAUGUACCUAAUAAGUUUUGGACGGAUAAUUAUAUUGUUACAUCUGGAAGUAAUCUAAGAUUUUCCUUAUUUUUGAAGUUGUGCGGUAUCAGUUUGGUAACAUACAUUGCUGCUUGUAUUGCUAUCCCAACAGCAGCAUUUCAAAUUUUGAAUCGAAUGAAUGAACGAUUAUCAACACAUGUUGUAAAUGCCCAGAAACAAUAUAUUAAAGGAUUAGUGUGUCAGAUAUUUAUCAUUGUUAUUUUCCUCUUACUGCCUUUCACUACCUUCAUUGUUGGGUUGGAAAUGAGAAUACACUAUCCAGAAACUUUUAUGAAAAAUUUCAAUCUAGUGCUGGUUACAAUUUCAAUUACUCUUGCAAUGAUUCAUGGAGCUGCCGCAACGUUUGCUAUGAUUCUUGCCAAUAAACCACAUCGAGUCAUAUUCUUUUAUCAUUUAAAUUACUUUUAUACCAAUGUUAUGAAGUUUAUUCCAAUUGUAACUAUCCCUAUUUAUUUGGAAGCAAUCUACUGUAUCAUUAAAAGAAGUCCUAGUUUUCAAAAACACUAUACUGUCAUUUUGACUGCUCAUAUUCUAGGAUGCCUGUAUGAAGAAUUUUAUGGAUUUCAACUUUUCCGUCCGAUGGUUUUCGUUCCUAUCGUUGGAAUUUAUGCUGAUGGAAUCCUCUCGAUGCUCGGAGUUCAUCCAUUCAUCCAACUUUAUGGAAUGUUCAUGUCAAUUCAAAUCAAUUCAGCAAUUCUAACUCACAUCACAUUCUAUCGUAUGAAAAUAAUCAUUCCAAUGUCAUUUCGCUAUUACACUCGAGUUAUUCAAUUUGGCAUAUUCAGCACUGUGUUCAUGUACGUCGGUGCUAUUCUAUCUGUUAAUUCGAUUCUUUUAACAAUUGAAGAUCAAAUGACUGCGAAAAAUUUGAUUUACAUGAUGAAUAUCCGUCCGAUUCCAACUGUGUUCUGGUCGGAGAAGUACAUGGUUUCCUCUCCGAAAAAUCCGAAUACCCCAGCGUUCCUUGUUUGCGGUACCAUAUGUAUCGGAUUUUAUAUUUUGUUGUGCAUUACUCUUCCAUCAAUCUGUUUUAUAAUUUUACAUCGCACAAGGCAUUCAUUGUCUGAUAAAGUGAUCAAAGCACAACGGGCAUAUUUACGAACGAUUUUGUUACAGGUACUCAUUGUUGUGGUUUGUAUAAUUAUGCCAUUUUCUGUAUUUUUCGCCGGAAUGGCCAACAUGAUCACAAAUCCCGUGAUAAUCCCCGCAUCUCUUAUCUUCGCCCUUUGCCACGGAUCAGCUUCCACUCUCAUCCACCUGCUCUCCAAUAAGCCAUUUCGUGAUACAAUGAAAACGCAGCUGUCUUGGGUUAAAUGUCUUCUAACAUGUUCAAGCCUUGAUCGAAGCAGCAAAGUUCAUACGAUGUCUUCAAUUGUCGGGUGA